CGGCCGCAUCGCACUUUCCUUUCGCAACCGGAACGCAGCGAAGCGCCGGCAGAGCAGCUCGCGAACUAUUCGCAACUUCGUCGCGGACUCCGUCGCCGCCUGAGAGCAACAACUACAAAGCGGUGGCAGUGGCAGCAGUGGCAGUGGCAGUUGCUGCUGCAACACGGCGCGGCCCCUCGGCGGCCUCAGUUUUCCAGAGCCACAGCCACGUCGUCGUGGGCCCUCGUCGUCGUCGUGUGCCAAGUUUGUUUUGAGUUUUUCCGCAUCGAAAUGUGCAAAACGAUUUCAGUCUAAUUCAGACGCUCGUGCUGAGAAGACUUUGGCCCUGUUUGCCGGCCCCUGCAACGCAGCUGAAGGCGCACCGAGCACGACGACGAGCACCGAGACGAACUGCACUGCAGGACCGAGGCGGCUAGUUGCCACAUGGCCACGCAGUGCGCGUAGUAACGCGACGGAACGCAGCGCAACGCACACCCGCACACCCGCCCGCCCAGGGACAGCUCACACAGACACUCACAUGUACAUGCCCACUCCCGGCCAAGCCUCGUAGUUGUCGCGGCUCCCACUCAACUCCCUCGCAGCGCUAUGUGAGGCGCGGUCGCGCGACGCAACGGACGCAGCGUUCAACGAGCGAUCGUAACGGGGAGCGGUGAUCAGCGGUCAGCGAUCAGCGGUCAGCGGUCAGCGGUCAGCGGUCGGCCAUCAGCGAUCAGCGAAUCAACAUGGCGUCGGCGCAGGCGGAAACGAAGGCUGGCAUGGCGGCCGAGCAGGGCGCCGGAAGCGGAAGCGGAAGCGGAAGCCAGCGGCAGCGCAAGGGCUCGGGAUCGGGGGCUGGCUCGCCGAGGAGCAGCCGCAGCUCGCCCGGCCAGCAGCAGGAGGAGAAGCAGCGCCCGAAGAGCGAGGAUCGCACCUCGCCCGCGGGCGGCGGGGCCAGGGAGGAGGACAAGGAGGACAAGGAGGGCCAAGGCCACGCGGCCGGGGGCGGGGGAGGGGGCUCCUCGCCGGUGAGCUCGCCCCAGGGACGCAGCUCGUUGGCGGCCUCGCCCAGCUCCACGUCGCAGCAGUUCUGCCUGCGAUGGAACAACUACCAGACGAAUCUCACCACCAUCUUCGAUCAGCUGCUCCAGAACGAGUGCUUCGUGGACGUGACCCUGGCCUGCGACGGCCGCUCCAUGAAGGCCCACAAGAUGGUCCUCUCAGCCUGCUCGCCCUACUUCCAGACCCUGCUGGCCGAGACACCCUGCCAGCACCCCAUUGUGAUCAUGCGGGACGUCAACUGGUCGGACCUGAAGGCCAUCGUGGAGUUCAUGUACCGCGGCGAGAUCAAUGUGAGCCAGGACCAGAUUGGGCCGCUGCUCAGGAUAGCCGAGAUGCUGAAGGUACGCGGCCUGGCGGAUGUGACCCACAUGGAGGCGGCCACGGCAGCGGCGGCGGCGGCCUCCUCCGAGCGGAUGCCCUCCUCCUCCCCCAAGGAGGGCGGCCCUUCCACUUCGAGGACUGACAACGAGCGCGAACGGGAGGCGGAGGAGCUCCUGGCCUUCAUGCAGCCGGAGAAGAAGCUGCGCACGGACUGGGACCCCGCCGAGCUGAGACUCUCGCCGCUCGAGCGCCAGCAGGGCAGGAACGUGCGGAAGCGGCGGUGGCCCUCGGCGGACACGAUCUUCAAUCCACCCGCACUACCCAGCCCGCUGAGCAGCCUCAUAGCCGCCGAGCGCCUGGAGCUGGAGCAGAAGGAGAGGGAGCGGCAGAGGGACUGCUCGCUGAUGACGCCCCCGCCCAAGCCGCCGCCGAGCACUGGCUCGGGGGUGGGGGGCUCCUCGAGACGCCUGGAGACCGCCAUCCACGCCCUGGACAUGCCCUCGCCGGCCGCCACGCCGGGACCUCUCUCCCGAUCCUCGCGCCCCCACUCGCAGAGUCCCCAGCAGCAGCAGCAGCAGCAGCAGCAGGGCCAGCUCCCCCUCCCGCUGCCCCUGCAUCCGCACCACCACGCACCACCUGCCCCACAUCCCGCCCAGAGCUCGGGAUCUGGCCACCAUCCGCCGUCGCCCGCUGGAGACUCCCGCUUCCCCCUGGGCCCGGCCGCUGCCAUGGCCGCCGCCAUGGAACUGAGUGGCCUGGGACCUGGUCCGUCCGCCGAGCCACGCCUGCCGCCCCCACCGCCGCACCACCACGGCGCCGGGGUGGGCGGCGGGUCAGGUGGGGCGGGCUCGGGCGGUGGAUCGUCGCUGGCCGAUGACAUGGAGAUCAAGCCGGGCAUCGCCGAAAUGAUCCGAGAGGAAGAAAGGGCCAAAAUGAUGGAGAACUCGCACGCCUGGAUGGGGGCCACCGGAUCCACGCUGGCAGCAGACAGCUACCAGUACCAGCUGCAGUCGAUGUGGCAGAAGUGCUGGAACACCAACCAGAACCUGAUGCACCACAUGCGCUUCCGCGAGCGGGGUCCGCUGAAGUCCUGGCGACCCGAGACCAUGGCCGAGGCCAUCUUCAGCGUCCUGAAGGAGGGACUCUCGCUGUCGCAGGCCGCCCGCAAGUACGACAUCCCGUACCCCACGUUCGUGCUCUAUGCCAACCGGGUGCACAACAUGCUGGGACCCUCCAUCGACGGCGGGCCGGACCUGCGGCCCAAGGGGCGCGGCAGACCGCAAAGGAUCCUCCUGGGCAUCUGGCCCGACGAGCACAUCAAGGGCGUCAUCAAGACGGUGGUUUUCCGCGACACCAAGGACAUCAAGGACGACAGCCUGGCGGCCCACAUGCCGCCCUACGGACGUCAUUCGGACCUUCCCCUGAGCUACCCCGGCGCAAGUGGCGCCCUGGCAGGAGCACCCAGCUCCCUGGCCUGUCCAAAUGGAAGCGGUCCGCAGGCCGGCGUGGGCGGAGUGGCUGGUGAGCAGCACAUGUCGCAGGAAACUGCCGCUGCGGUGGCCGCAGUGGCCCACAACAUCCGACAGCAGAUGCAAAUGGCAGCGGCCGUGCAGCAUCAGCACGGGGAGGCGGGACCACCGCCCGUUCCGCCCGGUUUGUUCAACCUGCCGCCCCACCCCGGAGUGGGUGGCGGCGUGGGCGGGGUGGGGGUGCCAGGAGCGGGCGGAGGCAGGGCCAGCAUAUCGCCGGCCUUGAGCAGCGGCUCAGGGCCCAGGCAUGCGCCUUCGCCCUGCGGUCCCGCUGGCCUCCUGCCGAAUCUGCCGCCCAGCAUGGCCGUUGCCCUGCACCACCAGCAGCAGCAGCAGGCCGCGCACCACCAGCAACAGCAGCAGGCGGCGCACCACCACCUGCAGCAGCUCCACCUGCAGCAGCAACAGGCCCACUUGCACCACCACCAGCAGCAGCAGCACCAUCAGGGCGGCCACCAGGCGGCCCACAAGUCCGGUUUCGGUGCCAGCUCCAGUUCCUCGGCCUCCUCCUCCUCGCUGGGCCAGCUGCAUCCCAAUCCCAAGGCCAAGGGCAGUCCCCUGCGCAGCGAGACUCCGCGGCUCCACUCCCCGCUCGGCGAUCUGGGCCUGGACAUGGCCGGCUACAAGCGGGAGUUCUCGCCCACCCGACUCUUCGCCGAGGACCUGGCCGAGCUGGUGGGCGCCAGUGUCUCCUCGUCCUCCUCCUCAGCGGCAGCGGGCGCAGCGCCCGCGGAGCGAUCGGCCGGAGGAUCUUCGGCCGCCGCGGCAACUGAUGCGGCCACUUCCUCGAGCAGUGGAGGCAUCAAAGUGGAGCCCAUCACCACCACCAGCGAGUAAAGGGAAAAAACGAGAGUUACGGGAGAAAGUAUGAAGCGAUGACGGCUUAACUUAGAUCAGAAGCUCCUGAAGCUUUACUUGGCCUGAGUGCACCUACACCUUGGUUAAUCGACUAACUAUUGUUUUAGGAAGGGGAGAGGUCACCUUCUUAGUUUGCUGUCUAUCAGAUAAUCCUAUUAUGCUUAACUUCCCUAUAUUGUACAAAAGUUGAUUUUGUUCCAUUGGGAGCAACUUAAUGCGAAGAAAUGUAAAUACACUAAAUUAAACCACAUAUAUACACGUUUUAAAGGUUUCUCGUAGAUCGCUGGUUUUUUUACUUUCCAAAAAUACUAAAAAUGAUAUUCAAACGAAUUUAAACGCAAGCCUUAAUAGUUAUUUUCCCCAAAAUCAAAGAUGUACAUUAUCUCCGCGGUUAACCGAGGCAUAGGUGUUCCUAGGCCACUCACUCUAGUUUCCUCCACGCGAUCUUCGCCACCUAGUUUCUAUUCCUAGCGUACUUAUUGAAUCAAAAUUGAAAGUAUUAUUAUGUUAUAGUCCAUCAGUCUAACUAAAUAAAUAGCGAUCGAUCUCUUUAGUUGUAAGCGACAGCUGAGGUGGACGGAGAAGCCCGGAACAUUCCACAAUCCAACCGAACCAGAGGACGAAACUCGAAUUGAAACCGAAAUAGAAUGGAAGCCAGCCCCAGCAGCAUAAUAUUAUUACGUGUAACACAAAUCAAAAGAGUUUAAGCGGACCUAACUUGGCAAUUGUGUGCCCGACCUUGGUUUAGUCUAUAAUUUGCAAGAAGCGAGAACGGAAAAUGUACAAAAUUACCAAGAGGAAGGGAAACCGAAGCACUUGGCUUCGAACGCAAGUGGAAUCAACUAAAUUUAAUGUUUAGGCUUAACGAAAAAGAAAUUCACAAAAAAUGCCUUUCGGAAUUAAAUUCAGCGAUGAACACACCGCACACAAAAUUUGUAAAAAGAACGAAACAAGUAACAAAACAAGUGAACUUUUUUAAACGUAUUUAUACAAGCGAAAUUUUUAGACAAAAUUUAGACUCCAAAUUUUUUAUAGCGCCUGCUGCUGCGACCCGGCCGAGCCCGAGCCCCUGAUUUGAGACUAUUGGAUACCCGACACUACCCGCGAAUCACCCCCAAGCCCCUCUAGAUCCCCUUCUAAAGUGCCUUUUCUAGCCUUAAUUUGGACUCUGCUCCUCUUCUGUCCCGGCGAGGGCGAGGCCAGGGACCCGCAGCAGGACUCGCGGGUUUAUUUGACAAGUCUGGCGACAUUACGACGGGAUGGAAUGUCGGGAGGAGCACCACUAUACACCCCUUGGUUGAACCCUUUAGGCGACUUUCGGCAGCGUUUCGUUUGGCAAGCACACAAUUGAUUAGUCGGACAGAGUUAAUUACGAUAAUGGAUAAACACACACACUAUUUUUGCAUACGCAAGAACACCUACCAUAGCCAUAGCCCGUACGUAACACGAUAUAUAAGCAUCUAUGUAACCCCGGUCCCAGUCCCCAUAGACUUUGAUGUUCCACACGUAUCGAAACUUAACGAAUCCUUCGGAAUAGGAUGUAAUAUAUCAAUGGCAGAGUUAGCGGUUAGAAUCUCCUGGAUAUUGUGUAUCUUUGUACGAUCUGGACCAGUGCGUCCCAGUCCGAGUCCAAACUCAACAUUUUCUAUAAACUUUAGUGCAAACUUUAUGUUCAAAUUAACUUUAAAUGUCGAAAUGAAUGUUCUAAUUAAUCCGAGAAAACAAAAGCGAAAAUGAAACCGAAACCGAAACGAACAAAAGUAUUUUAUAAAAACAUUGAAAAGUAA